GCUCAGAGAAAAGAAAAGAAAAAGACACGAGUGUGCGCAAGCCAAAGCAACAGAAGCUUAGGGUUGCAACAGAGACCUGUUGCCUGCUGACAAACACCCUGUGAACAUCAGGAUUCUGUGGGGUGAAUCAUGGGAAACUGCACUUCAGGGAAGAAGAAAAGGAAAGGGGAUUCUGCAGCUGAAAACAGCACAGACAGCAAGCCUAAGGAGGACGUAUUGUAUGCCUCUAUUGACCACAACACUGCCAAAGGACCGAGUAGAGCCAGGGCUAUCACUGACGAUGAUUGUGACUAUGCAACAGUUUUUGUCCCAGCACCACCUCAGCCCGAGUGUGUGUCUCAGUGCUCCUCUAAAGAUGAAUGUGCAGACGAUUAUGUACUGAUGGGGUGAACGGAGACGAGGCGGGUUCAUUCAGGCUAUUGCACGAUGCAAGACUUGUAUUUAAUAUUGCAAAAAGGAGAUCAUCCAAAUUCCACUUCAGCUGGCAGCAGAAACAAGCCCCAAAACGACUGAACAGGACUGGGAUUUCACUUCUUCAAGGACACAUACUUGCAUCGCAUUUGAACUUUAGAAACUCAAACUGGACAAUUAUGUGCAACUCUUAAGUUAGAUAUGAAAAGUCAUGACCACAGUAUAUCUGGAAUCACUAAGUCAGAUGAAAAUAAUGGUGUAUGACUUUACUUUUUGCCAAUCAUAUGAAGGGCAAGUCUCAAAAAGUCAAAUCCAGUAGGUUUUCACAUGCCCCUUAUUCACACGAUGACCUUAAUUAAAGUCUUUAGAACUUUUCUAACUGCAUACAGGUUUGCACAAAACUUUUAUGAGCUGCCCAAAGUCAGGAUUUAACUGAUAUCGGUUGUUGCAUGGAUUGUGUCAUUUCCUGUUAGUAGGAAAUGCUGAAGUAUAUUUUGAUGACUAGUAUGUCAUAGAUACAGUAUACAAUUAGUAUGUAAUAUACAUUUUGAACAUAAUAUUUGGCCCUUGGAUGUGAAUGCCAGCAGCUAUUUUUGUUUUAACAUCUUAAAAAAAAAAGCCAAUUCUCCCAAACUUCUGACAAACCAUUGUUGGUUAUGGCAUGACCUGAGAAAGGAAGAACUAAUUUAAUCUUAACCUAAAAGCCAGAAUGUAAUGAUUUUUAAACUGUUUUUGAUAUGUUUUUGUUUAUAGACGAUUGGGUCUUGAUAAUUACUGUGUUAAUUGUGUUAUCUUCAGUACUGAGAGGUGUGGUGUAGAGUUGCUACACAAGUGGAGGGACUGUUUUUCCACAAUGGAAGGAAAAGGAAUAGCAGCUAAGAAAAAAAGUAAGCAUAAAGCAUAACACAUAUCUUAAACUGCUUUCCAGAUUGUGUGCCCAUUUUGUAAAAUAGUGCUCCUAGAACUACUGCAAAUAGAUAGCAAAUAGAUUUUUAAUGCUCGAGAACUUUUAUUUUGUCCUUGUUUUGUAUGUGUAUGCAGAAAAUGUGUAGCCUACAAUUUUUCUCUAUAGCCUUGUCUACCUAUAUCAUUAUUUAUUUGAUUGAUUGGAUGCAUAGUAUAUUGGUGAAGGUUGCAUUUGUUUUAUUUUUAUUUAUAUUUUUUCAGAGAUUAAAAGUUUAUAACUACUA